AUGGACGACGGACCUAUUCGUGUUCAAACAGCGAAUGCAUCAUCCAGUGAUAGCGAAUCAAUCUAUGAUUCAACUGUCACUAGUGAUCCAGUAGACGAUGAAGAAAUUAAUUCGGAUGAAAGUAGUGAAGCAAUGGAUACAAUCCCCUUAGAUGAAAAUAUCGAUGAACAAGGUAUCGAGGUUCCAAUUGAAAUUUCGGUCUUUUCAAAAAGAUUGUACUAUCAUACAUACAGUCAAUUUGAUUCAACACAAGUUAUCGCAUCGUAUUGUACGUGCAUACCAGAUCCGUGGACAGUCGAUUGUUGCUUACAUAUUGCAGCAGCUAUUUGGCUUCUAGGUUAUGAACGCUAUCAAAGUACUACAAAUCGACAGCCAUCAUCAACUAAUAUCACAAACGUUCAGUAUGCAGAUGAUAUUUCAGAUUUUGAACCGUCUUCGGAUGACGAACAUAAUAGCUAUAUCUAUACAUCAAAAUGA